AUGGGUGAUGCAGAGAUGUGCUUCAAAAAAGGAAAUGGGGCACAGGGACACAGUGAUGAGGACCUGCAGGGACAGGGAGUAGGGACCUACAACACAGGGAGGACAGCUGCAUCCUCUCUGGUGACCAACAAGCUCAGCUCUGCUCAGCUCAAGUACCAAGAAGCCAGCCAGGGACAGGUGGAUGUGUUGGGAGAGGACAUCGAGGAAGGCAGCUUCUCAGAGCAGCAGCUGUCACUCACAUCUCUCCUGUGGGAGGACAAUGCAGCCUGUGUGCCCUUACCCCAACAGACUGGCAAAGGGGAAGACUACGGUGUGGCCCCAUUUCCAGCCCCGCCUCUCCUGAUGCCUCUCUCACUGCCCAGCCCCUGCUAUCUUACAUCUCGGUCUGACCAGUGGAACCUCCUACCUAGGACUCAGAUAUCGAUUGACAAGCUACAGGACUCCUGGGCGGAAGAGACCAAGGUCCAGAGCUUGGCUUGGCCCAGUCUAAGUCCCACUAUGGCCUCUGAAUAUGAGAUCAGUCAUGUCCACAAGCUGCAGGCUCAGCAUGCACACAUGCAGGAGAAGACCUUCACCAAGUGGGUCAAUAACAUCUUCCGGCUUGGCCGGGUGGGCAUCAGGAUCCAGAACCUGUACACAGAGCUUGCCGUUGGUGCCUACCUACUGCGGCUACUGGAGCUUAUCUCUGCAGAGGCCCUGCCAGCACCCAGCCCAGGCCGCCUUCGAGUGCACUUCCUGGAGAACAACAGCCGAGCACUGGCCUUCCUCAGGGCCAAGGUGUCAAUACCCCUGAUUGGGCCAGAGAACAUCGUGGAUGGAGACCAGUCACUCAUUCUGGGACUCCUCUGGGUCAUCAUCCUGCGUUUCCAGAUUUCUCACAUCUCCUUGGACAGGGAGCAGUUUGGGGCCAGUGCAGCCUUGCUGUCUUCAAAAGAAGCCCUGCUGGUGUGGUGCCAGCGGAAGACAGCUGGCUAUACCAAUGUGGAAAUCACCAACUUCUCCCACAGCGGGAGCAAUGGGCUAGGCUUUAAUGCCCUCUUCCAUGCUCACAGGCCAGAUCUGCUGGAUUACAGCUCUCUCAGUCUGGACCACCCACUGCACAACCUCUCCUUUGCCUUCCGAGUGGCUGAGCAGGAGCUAGGCAUUGCCCAGUUGCUGGAUCCUGAGGACGUGGCAGCCCUGCAGCCGGAUGAGCGCUCUAUCAUGACCUACGUGUCCCUGUACUACCACUACUUCUCCCGCCUGCACCAAGGGCAGACAGUUCAGAGGAGACUGCCUAAGAUCCUGCAGCAGCUCCAGGAGACAGAGGCAUUGCAGACUCAAUGUGAGUAGCUGGUGGCUGACCUACUCUGCUGGACUGCAGAGAAGCAGGGGCAGCUGGAGGCCCAGGACUUCCCAGACUCACUGGCUGCCAUGCACCAGCUACUGGUAGCCUUUGCCUCCUUCCGUGCCCAGGAAAAGUCACCUCGGCUACAGCAAUGAGGAGCCACAGAGGUCCUGCUUUUCCAGCUGCAGAUAGCACUCCGAGCCCGAAACCGCAGGCCGUUCAUACCUCAAGAGAGCCUGGGCCCUGCACAACUGGCCCAGCACUGGGCAGAGCUGGAGAAGGCAGAGGCCACCCACAGCCAGGCCAUGCAGCAGAGGCUGCUGCAACUGGAGCGACUAGAUACCCUGGCCCAACGCUUCCAGCGCAAGGCCACCCUCCAUGAAAGCGUCCUAAAAGAUGCAGAGCAGGUGCUGAAUCAAGUCAGAGUCUCCCCAACCUGCCCAGCCACAGUGGAGGCAGCCACCCAGAGGCUGGGCAGGCUAGAGGCUGGCAUCCUCCCCCAGGAAGGGCGCUUCCAGGCCCUGGGUGACAUCGCAGUCAUCCUUCAACAGGAGCAGUACCACGGCUGGGCAGAUGUGGCCCAAAGACAGAGGGGAAUCACCCAGCGCUGGCAGAGGCUCCUGCAGUGUCUACAAGAGCAGAAGAAGCAGAUAGAAAGCACACAGGCUGUGCUGAGCCUGCUGCAGGAGGUGGAAGCUGCCUCUGACCAGCUUGGGGAGCUACAGGUGCUGGCCAGCUCCACAGACUGUGGGCAACAACUGGAAGAAGUAGUGUUGCUGCUGCAGAGGCAUGACCUGCUGGAAGCCCAGGUCUCAGCCCACAGGGCCCAUGUGAACCAUCUUGCCCACCGUGCCCAGGGCACCAGUGUGGAGAUGCUGCAGGCUAAGGCCCAGGCCUUGCUCCAGGUCCAUUACAGCCUGGUGUCUCUUGUCAGGGCCCGGCGGGCUCUGGUGGAGCAGAGCCUGCAGUGGGCACAGUUUCUGGAUAACUGUGAGGAGGAAAAGGCCUGGUUGAGGAAGCACAGACAGUUAAUGGAGAAAGAAGCCCUGAGCCAAGACCUCGCUCAGGUCGUUGGUGCUCUGCAGAAACACAAGGUUUUGGAAACCAAGCUCCAUCGCCGUCAGGCAGUGUGUGCAGAACUCAUGCAGAGGGGACGCAACCUCUGUGCCAAGGGGCCCCAGACUGACCCUCAGGAGAGGGCGGAAGCGGUGCUGGAAGAGUGGCAGCAACUCCGGACUGGAGCAGCAAGGCGGCGUGCCCGGCUGCAAACAGCCUUGCUGGUACCAGGGCAGUACUUCGCUGACUCGGCAGAGGCGGCUUCAUGGCUUCUUCUGCCGAGGACAGAGCUAGAAAGCGCCUCCUGCGGGAAGAACCAGGCAGACGCCCAGGCCCUAUUGCAGCGCCACCUGCGGCUGGAGCGUGGCGUGCGCGCCUUUGCGGCGGAGCUACGCCGGCUGGACGAGCAGGCGCGGGCGUCCGUAGCCCAGGCGUCAUUCACGCCUUUGGAGCAGCUGGGACUAAAGGAUGUGUGUUAUGUGCCCAACUAUGAAUAUUUCUUGAACAAAGGGUAUUACCUCUGCCAGGGCCCGCAGGUCCUCAUAGCUCUGGGUCAAGUCUUUCAGCUCCAAGGACUCUGUGGGGAGCCAAGUGACGCAUACUGCUAUGAGAGCACAAGCUGUGAGGGCUGUGUGGGGUCCACUCCUCUUCUCCACCCAGAAGCUCACCACAAGAACUUUCUCACUGCUUUGGCCAUGGGAAAGCGCCACUGGGCUGAGGUGAAUAGCACUGCUGAGCAAUUGAAAAAAAGAUAUCCAGGACACUCCUCCAAAAUCCAACAACAGCAGGAGCACCUGAGUCAAAGGUGGCAGCAGCUGGAGGCCCUAAAGGAGGAGAAAGGCCUACAGCUGGCUCGAAGCAUGGAGGUGUACAGUCUUCUGCAGGAGUGUGAACCCACACAAGCCCAGCUACUAGAUAUGAUAUGCAAACUGGAGGCCCUGGAGCCAGGUUCUAAGGACAGCCACCAUACCCUGCAACUGACCCAGCAGAAAGUCCUAGGGCUGGAGAGAAGGAUCUGCUUCCUCUAAAGAGUGGCCAUAGAGGUGAUGGAGCUAGGCCCUACAGACAACCAACUGCUGCAGGAGCAGGUGGAGAUGCUGCAGGGGCUGCUGAAGUAGGCACAGAAGCAAGUGGCCCAGCAGGCCCAGGUCCAGGCUGAGGCUCGGGUCCAGCAAAGCUUCCUACAGGAGAGCCAACAGCUGCUGUUGUGGGCAGAGGACAUCCAGGCUCAACUACACAACAAGGAGGAACCAGAGGACCUGGCCUCAGCCCAGACGCUGCUGAGGAAGCAUGGAGGCCUAUAAGAAGAGGCCUGCCUGUGGCAGGAAAGACUGCAGCAGCUGGAGGCUCAGGGCCAGUUGAUGGCCACUUCAGAUUCCCCACAACCCCAAGAGGUGGCCAGGGCCUUGAGGCUCCUGCAAUAUCACAGUCAGCAACUGAAGGCUUUGUGGAGGCAGAGACAAUGACAGCUUCAGGAGAGGCUGGAGCUACAGAGGUUUGGCCAAGAAGUGGAUGGUUUCAUUGCCACCUGCAUUAACCAUGAGGCCUUCCUGUGCCUGGACAAUCUGGAGGAGAAUGUGCAGGAGGUCCAGAGCCUGCUGCAGCAGCACCAGGGGUUUGGGUGGCUCCUGAGCACCCUGGGCUCUCAGGCAGGGGCCCUGCAGGAACAUGGUGAGAAGCUGCUUCGGAGCCAGCACCCUGCUGUAUACAAGAUCAAAGAGCUGCUGCGGAGUGCCCAGGCACAGUGGAUUAGUGUCCAGGAGAGGAGCAAACAGAGGAGGGGAUAGCUGCUGGCUUCCCUGCAGCUGCAGGAAUGGAAGCAGGUCGUGGCUGAGCUGAUGCUGUGGAUGGAGGAGAAAUGGCUCAUGGCAGCAGAUGAGCCCUCCCAAGCACACAGCAACAUUCUACAGAAAGUAAAGUGGAACAAAGCAGCUGAGAGUGAGCUGCUAGCUACCUGUGGGCACCUGAAGAGCCUACAGCAGGCUGGGAGACAGCUGCUGCACAGUCACCCGUAUGCUCAGGAGGACAUACAGAACAGACUUCAGGGCCUCAGUCACAAGUGGGAAGAGUUGAACCAUAAGAUGGUAGAGGGAAGGGACAAGCUGUGGCAAACCAGGCAGCAUAGAGAGCUUCUGGAGCUGCUACAGGAUAUUGAGGAAAAGAUGGAGCAUCUGGAAGGGGCCCUGUGGAGUGCAGAAACUUGUCAGGACUUAUGCUCUAGCCUGGGGCUGCAGAGGCAGCAUUGCCAACUAGAGAACAAGAGCCACGCACUGGCUAGCAAGAUUGCUGCCCUCAUCUCUCAGGCCCAUAACGCAGUCACUUCCCCGACCAUCUUGGAAGAGAGCCAGAAGUGUCACCAGAGGUUCAAGUUCCUGCAGGGCCAUCUGGCCACCCGUCACCUGCGACUGCAGGCCUUGGUUGAGUUGUACCAGUUUAACCACCUUAGUAACCUGGAGCUCACAUGGGUAGCUGAGCACAUGCCCAGCGCCGGCCCCACCAUCUUCACCCAGUGCUGGCAUGAUGUCCAGAGCCUUCAACAUAAACACAAGAUGUUCCAGGCUGAGGUGAGAGCACACCAGGGGCAGGUGCUCUGCCUAGUACUGGGUUCUGGCCGAAGCCUAGUAGCCUCUGGGCACCCCAAAGCUUGGCACAUCAUGGAACAAUGCCAAAAGCUGGAAGGCCACUGGGCAGAGCUGGAGCAGAUCUGUGAGGCACACGCCCAUUGCCUACAGCGGGCUGUCACUGCCCAGCAGUAUCUUCUGCAUGUGUCAGAGCUGGAGAGCUGGGUGGGGGAGAAGUGGCCACUGGUGAGCAGUCAGGACUAUGGCAGAGACGAGACAGCUACCUUCCUGCUCAUUAGGAAACACCAGAUGCUGCAGCAGGAACUAGCUCUUUAUCGGAACUCCACGGAGAAUCUUGACCAGAGGUUUCAGACCCUCACUGGACCUGAGGCCUCUGAGCAGCUGGGUGUGAUGCGGGACAGGCUCUGGGAGCAGCUGUGGGCCCUACAGGAGCUGGCAGCCACACGGGGCUGGGAGCUAGAGGGGACUCUGAAGCUGCAUGAGUUCAUAAGAGAAGCUGAAGACUGGCUAUCUAGCCAGAAGCAGGUGGCCAGAGGAGGGGACAGCUUUGGAGAGGACUAUGAGCAUGUGCUGCACCUCUGCAGCAAGUUUGCAAAGUUUCAGCACCAGCUAGAAAUGUCUGCCCAGCAAGUGGCAGCCUGCCAGCAGCUGGCAGAGAGUCUACUGGAGUAUGGGUACAGCACUGCCCCCAAGGCCUGUCAGAGGCAGCAGGAUCUACAGGCUGCCUGGUCAGAGCUGUGGCAGUUGACCCAGGCCAGAGGCCAUCUGCUCAAAAAUGUGGAAACCGUCCUCAGAGUUGACAGAGAUCUGCUGGAAGCCCUCACCCAGGUCCAGGAGAAAGUCACCAGUCUCCCCAGUGAUGUGGCCCAGGGCCUGCAUGGAGUAGAGAACCAGUUGUAUAGACAUGAAGGGCUGGAGUGUGAGCUGACAGGCAUGGAACAGCAGCUACCGGAACUGCUAAAGGCUGGAAGCAAGGUACAGAAGCUGUGUCCAGGGCCUCAGGCCAUCAACAUACAGAAGAGGCAGCAAGCUGUGACACAGGCCUGGGAGGCCCUCCGGCUACGUGCAGAGCAACACAGGGCCCAGCUACAGCAGUCUCAUCUCCUGGCCCAUUUCCACACAGUGGUGCAGGACUAUACCUCCUGGGUGGUCAGAGUGCAACAAGAACUGAAAAUGGAAGAGAGCUCCUGGGAGCCCAGCAGCAGUCUGCUCAGGCUCAGUGCCCAUCAAUGGUUGUGGGCAGAGCUGGAGGCCAGGGAGGAGCUGCGACAUCUGGCCACCCAGCUGGGCCAGCAGGCACUUCUGGCUUCAGGGAUUCCCACUAAGGAGAUACAAGAUGGGCUACAAGUCCUACAGAAAGAGCAUGACCAGGUGUUCAAGGCCUGGACACACAGGCAAGAGAGGCUGCAGGCCAUGCGUGGAGAACAGCUCCUCCUCAGACACUGUGGCCACCUGGCGAAGAUCCUCACAGCCCAGGAGGCAUUCCUGAAGGCCAGUGCCCCAGGCAGCUCAGUGGAAGAAGUGGAACAGUUGAUCCGCAAGCAUGUAAUCUUCCAGAAAGUGCUAGCUGCUCAGGACAAGAAGGAAGCAGCUCUGCGGCAGCAGUUGAAGACACUCUCGAGCCCCAAGGGCCAGAACUUGGUUUACCAUGUGCUGGAACAUCGGGCUCGAGUGAAGGAGCUGGCAGAGAGCCGGGGGCACGCCCUGCAUACCUCCCUACUGAUAGCAAGCUUUACCAGGGCUACAACCCAGGUUGAGGACUGGAUACAGGAGCGGGUCCAGCAACUGAGAGCCACAAGGCUUCCUGCAGAUCUAAAAGAUUAUCUACAGGACAUGCAGAGAGACCAAGCCUUCAAAGCUGAGGUCCAGGCCCAUGAGCAAGUUAUGACCUCUGUUGCCAAGCAGGGUGAGGGGCUUCUCACACAGAAGUGCCCUCAGGCGGGACAGGUCUCCCAGAGGCUGGAGGCCCUGUGGGACCUCUGGGAGAAGCUGAGGCAGGCAGUGGCCCUUUGGGAACAGGCCCUGGAGAACAGAUGGAACUUCCUCGAGUUUCUGCAAAGAGUGGACUUGGCAGAGGCUUGGAUUCAGGAGAAGGAGAGGACGGUGAACAAGCAAGACUUGGGUCUGGACCCUGAGCACUGCCUGCGGCUCUGCAGGCAGCUCUGCAAAUUCCAGGUAAAGGGCUUUGCUCAGAAGGAUACAGUGGGUGACACCUGUGUCAGAAGCAUCAACAACUUGUCACUGCAGCUCAAAAGCCAGGACCCUGAGGAAUCCCAGACCAUAUGCCAGCGGCAAAGCCAGCUCAACAAUAGGUGGAUGAGUUUCCAUGGCAACCUGCUCCAGUAUCAGCAGCAGCUUGAAACCGCUCUGGAGAUACAGGAAUUGUCCAAAGAACUGGAUGACAUCACCUAACAGAUCCGGAAGAAGGAAUCUCUGAUCCAAACUCUGGAGGGUAUGGACAAUCUGGAGAGUGUGCAGAGGCUGUUGUGGAAACAUCAGAUGCUACAGCAGGAAAUGGGCCUCAUCCAGACUCAGGUGGAGUCCCUAGAUUACUCAGGUGGCCCAGAGCCUCAGUCACAAGCAACAAGAGAUGACCGACAGCUGGUGGCAGCUCUGGAGCAGGGCCCAGAAAUGCUCUGGGACUUGCUCAUGAGCCCUGUGGGCAGGAAGGAGUCUCCGGAUGCCAGGCACCAAGCUCAGAAGCUCCAGAUUCUGCUUCAGGAUCUGCUGGAUUGGGCACAAUGGUUUCGGGCUGAGAUGGAUGCCCAGGGAGCCCCCUGCACAGCUGCGGGAGCCCUGCACAUGCUGGAAGAGCACCAGGCAUACAAGGCCGAACUGGAUAUCCAGACAGACAGCUUCAGCCUGGCGCAUAGCACAGGGCAGCAGCUGCUUGCAUCUGGGCACUCUCUGGCUUCUGGAAUUUGCCAGUUCCUGGCUGCUGUGGAACAGGAAUUGAACAGCCUGCAAGGGUCCUGGUGGCAGCACCAGCAGAAGCUGCAGCAGGCCUUGGAGCUGUAGCUUCUCCUGAGCUCUGUGGAAAAGGUGGAACAUUGGUUCUACAGUGAGGAGGCCUCCCCAGCCAGUGAGGGCCUAGUGGACCCUUUGGCCACUGUGGAGCCCCUCCUGUGGAAGCUCAAGAGGCAUGAGCAGAGCCUGCAGGCACGGGCAGAAGAGAUCAGUGCACUAGAGGCCACAGCCCACAGCCUGCACCAGGGUGGACAUCCUGCGGCCCACAGCAUCUUGGCCAGGUGCCAGGCCCUACUCCUGAGGAAAGAGGCACUCACAGAGCAAGCAAAAGCCAGCGGUCACCAGUUGGAGUAGCUGCAGCAGCUUCAGACUUUCCUGCAGGAUUCCCAUGAGAUUCCCCUUGCUUGGAUGGUCAUGUGGCUGAGGGAGAAGAACCUGGUGGCUCUGGAAGAGGGGUGGCAGGACCCAACCAUGUUGCAAACCCAGUUGCAAAAGCAGCAGAAUUUUCAGGCUGAACUGGAUGCCAGCGUUCACCAGCAUCUGGAGCUGCAAAUGGAGGGACAGAGGCUGCUGCAAGGGGACCACCAGGCUUCAGAGACCAUCCGGGAGCAGCUGCAAGAACUGGGAGACCUCUGGGCUGACCUGCAGGCCAACUGCCAAAGGAAGAUGGUCAAGCUGCAGGGGGCCCACAAGGCCCUGCAUCUGCAGCUCAUGCUGGAAGAACUGGAGAGCUGGCUAGAGCCCGUGGAAGUCAAGCUGAGAGGCCCUGUCAGUAGCCAAGACCCACCUAGGGUGGGUGAGCUCCUGGGAGCCCAGGAGGAACUGGAGGCAGAAGUGGACAGGCAGGCCAGGCGAGCACAGGAGCUGCAGAGCCAGGCUCAAGCCUUCAUUCAAGAAGGUCACUGCCUUGCUAAAGAUGUGGAAGAGUGGGCCCAUCGACUGCUCCAGAGGUUCCAAAGUCUUUGGGAGCCCCUUCAGGAGCACAGGGCAGCCCUGGAAGCCCAGAGCCUCCUCUGCCAGUUCUUCAGAGAUGCUGAUGAGGAGAUGGCCUGGAUGCAGGAGAAGCUGCCUUUGGCCACAGCCCAGGAUUAUGGCCAGAGUCUGAGCACUGUGUAGCACCUGCAGGAGAAGAACCAGAAUUUGGAGAGUGAGAUCAGCAGCCAUGAAGCUCUGACCCGGAUGGUAAUGGGCACUGGGCACAAGCUCAUGCAGGCUGGGCAUUUUGCGGCUGAAGAGGUGGCUGCCCGAGUGCAGCAGCUGGAGGUGCCUCUGGAUCACCUGUAGGCAGAGGCAGCGCGGAGGAGGCUGUUGCUGAGGCAGGCCCAGGAGGCCCAGCAGAUUCUGACAGAGCUCCUGGAGGCUGGAUCCUGGCUGGCUGAACGGGGCCAUAUUCUGGACCGUGAAGAUCUAGGCCAGGAUGCUGAAACCACAAAGGUUCUUCUUCGGUGGCUAGAGGCCACCAGGAGAGACUUGGAGGGAUUCAGUAAACGCAUUGGGCAGUUGCAGCAGACAGCGGCACUCCUGGAAAGUGGGCAGAACCCAGACAGUCCUAGGGUACUGGCCCAGCUACAGCUUGCACGGCUGCUGCAGAGAGCAGAAGGCAGGAGGCAAGCACUGUACGAACAGCUGCAGCUGCACCAGCUAGAGCAAGAAGCCCUGCUCCUGGAUGCCUGGCUGACCACCAAGGUGGCUGCCGCUGAGUCCCAGGACUAUGGUAAAAAUUCCACAAUGCCUGGCCUUACAUCCUUGCAGGUGCUGGAAGAAACGUUUCGUACGUUCAGCAGGGAAGUCCAAAGCCUGGGGCAAGACAAGGUACAGGCCCUGAGGGAGCUGGCCGCCCCUCUUGAAAGAGGAUCACCCAGGUGCUAUCCCCAGAUUCAAGCCCAGAAGGGGUGCAUCGAGGCCACCUGGGAAAGGCUGAACAAGUCAAUCAAAGCCCGCACAAAGAACCUAGCUGCAGUCCAUGAAGUCCAGAGGUUUGAGCAAGCUGCAUCAGAGCUCCAGGGUUGGAUGCAGGAGAAGUCCACCCUCCUGGAAGGAGAGCUUGAAGACCACAGUCCAUCACCUACACAGUCUCUGCAGAAACAGCAGCAGCAGCACAGGUGCCUACAGAGGGAACUAACAGCUAUUGAAAAAGAGGUGUCAAGGUUACAGAUGGAGGCCUGUCAACUGUGCCAGCGGUACCCUGUGGCUCAGGAGAACCUGACUGAGCUGCUUACCAAGGUUCAGGGGGCCUGGACCAACCUGGAGGCUAAAGUCCAGGUGCAGAGUCAGCAGCUGACACAGGCUAUGCAGGGCCAUGCCUUCCUUGGGCGCUGUCAGGAACUAUUAGCGUGGGCUCAGGAGAAGCAUGUGCUGGUGACCUCAGAAGAGCUGGCUGGGGAUGUGGUGGAGACCGAGCAGUUCCUUGGGCAGCUCAAGGAGCUGGGCCAAGAGAUCCAGGAGCACUGCCUACAAGCCCAAAACAUACAGCAGGAAGGGCAGCAGCUGCUGGACAAGGACCACUUCAUGUCCCUGGAGGUAGCAGAAUGUCUGCAGGAGCUGAAAAGGCAGCUGCAGGAGCUUCAGGCAGCCUGGGCCCUGCACAAGCAAUGCUUUGAGUGUAAUUGGGACCUGCAGAAGCUGUGGCAGAGGCUGGAGCUGGCCGAGGCUUGGCUGGCUUCCAGAGAAUGCCUGCUGCUGGACCCCAGCUGUGGGCACUCAGUGUCAGAUGUAGAGCAUCUACUCUGCAGAUACAAAGACUUGGAAAAGCUGCUGGCAGCCCAGGAGGCGAAGUUCACCCAGCUGCAGACAACGACAGAGGAGCCCAAGGAUUCUCACACUAUGGAAGGUCUUCUGGAAUUUAAACAGCAGUUCCUGCCUGAGGGGAAGCAAAAGGUGGCCUCCAUGGCCCCCGUUGUGCCUGGUGGAGCUGAGUGUCAGAGCCUGGAGAAGGACAGGAAGCACACUCUUUCCCCUAGGUGA